UCGUGCCUCAAAAUUUAAAAAUGGUUGACAAUCUUGCUCAGACUUGCUUUCCAUCAAUUAUGAGCAAUUAAGCUAUGUUUCAACACGAAUUGUCACUUUCUCAUUAGUGCUAUUGUACCCCAAAUACGCUUAGGAUGAGGUGAUGAUCCCACAACAAUUCAGCUUGCAUGACAGUCAACUAUGACCAGUAGAAAUGGGCAGUUGGCUUUUAGUCCUGAAGAACUACAAGUUCCCAAACGAGGCAUCGCUCAGCAGGCUCUAGAGGAAGAUGCAAAGAAGACAUAUGUGAUCAUUAUCAAGCAGGAGGAUGAGAAUGGGGAUGUUACGGAAGCUGAAACCUCAGGGUCACUCCAGGUGCUUAACCAAUCCUCCAGCCGACAGUCACUUGACGGCCUCCGCAAAAACCUGUCCAAUAUUGGUGAUGAUGAAUAUGAUAGUGGCAUCUCUUCAGCCAAUCUCUUCCUGAAAGACGAUGAGAUUGAGGAUGUUGAAGAAGCUGAGGGGCUGGUCCUGCCGUCAGCCAAGAGGACUCGAAUCCAUGAGGAUCCCCCACCACAUAUUCCAGUUUCUGUUGGAAGCGAUCUUGGUGUUAAGGGAGUUGUGAAAAGAAAUCUGUUUUGUAGCGAGCUGUCCCCGAUCACACCCCCGGCGGGAACAAUCAAGCAGUCCAAGAUCGUGAUGUCUGCUAGUCCAGACUUAUUCCCAGGAACAGCGACCCAAGGCACUGGCUCCUUCAACACCCCAACACCGAGUCUGGACUACAAGACUCAUCCUGCAGUACGCAAGAUCAUCCUUGUGUCCCCAAACCAAUACCCGCCCCCCUCCUCCACCAGUGUACUUACCCCGCCAGCAGCUGCAGCUGUGAAGGCUCUUUAUGCACCAUCACCAUUAGCAUCAUCAACACCCAUUACAUCUACAUCAACACUGAACAUUUCGGGGGCAUCGCCUGACUCAGGAAUAUCCAUGUCCGUGUCCUCCUUGUCAUCUACAGUCUUGACUCCGGGGUCUCAGAACCUGUCCAGCCAAUCACUACAUUCCUCUCAAGGCACACCAGAGAUGAUUCCAUCCUCUGUUACAACCACACAAUCUGGGCCUGGUGGGCCAAUUGAAACCAAGAUUACAUUCAGCCGACGACCCAUGUCAACAAGCAUAGAAAAGAAAGAUACUGAGCUUUCGGAUGAUGGCGGUGACAAGUCCCUGGAUACCUCCCUGGCCAACAUUCAGUGGCUGGGAGCGUUCCAGCUGGGGGAGAAGCCACCUCGCAACAAGACAGACCCACCCACAGUAGCCACACGCUGGACGUCCGAGGAGAGGGGUCGGCGGAAGGAAUACAAUCAUGAGGAAAUAGCCCGGGUAAAUCGCGAGUGUGGGCGAGCAAAGCGCCCUCCGUAUUCCUACAUGGUACUGAUCCAGAUGGCGCUGCAGAGCCGCGCUGACCAGAAGAUGACCUUGAGGGAGAUAUGCAAGUGGAUAGAGGAAACCUUUGCCUUCUACAAGUACACGGCUAAGCCAGGAUGGAAGAACUCGAUACGACAUAAUCUGUCGUACUACCAGUGUUUCAUCCGGACAUCGGAAGACAAGAAGAAGCAUGGAGCGAGGUGGACCCUCAAGUUUGAUGAUGAGAAACAAGACAACAGAACAGGCAGCAAAGACAAGGCUACAGUUGACUGUAUCCAGGCAACCACACAACUGCCAGGCAUGAUCCCGUUGUUUUUUAACCAGAACAACCCCAACAGUGUGUUCCAUCCAUCCAUUGUCCCGGUGCCACCCUCUAGCUGCUCCAGCCUCCAACAGCAGCAGCAGCAGCCGUUCCCAUUUCAUGCUUGCUUCAGGAGGAAGAGAACAGGCCCUUUGCCAAUUCUGCCCCGACCGUCUCCAGUGCAAGCGUAUGCUCUAGUGCCACUCCACAAUGUGCCUCAGCAACAACAGCAACAACCAAUCAUUGUCCAUUUUCCCAACAGUCAACAGCAAGUGGGUGGCACCCCUGCCCAGACUGAGACAACUGCCUCAAUCAGUACCCCAGUCCCGAUUGCAUGUGCCCCGACUCACCAACACACUGACAAGUCCAUACAGCCACAUCCUGGCAUCAACAUCCUGCGACAGGCAUGGCUCAAUGCCGAUGUCUCUGAAGACGAGAACGCUUUGACUUCCAUUUUAAAAGAACAGGGUAUUUCUGUGGCCAGUGGACAGACAGAAAAGAAACAAACUGCAAAACAGUUAAAGGCCAGUGCAGCUGAAGGUCUUCCUAAACCUAAGAUUUAUGCACCCAAGCCAAAGAAAAGAACUCGAAGUCGGAUCAAGAAGUUGCCAAAAGUUCCCGAAGAAAAGACACUGUUGGCUGAAUCCUCUGAUUCUGAACCAGAUGAUCAGUUUGAGAAAGGUUUACCCACUCCUCUAAGACAGCUGUUUCAAUCACCAGAUGAUAAGAAUAAGAGUGAUCUUUUAACCACAUCAACUCCCCUUAGGAAUGCUACGAUAUCCCCAGAACACCUGCCAUCCCCUAUUCGCGGACUGACGCCUCUACGGGGUACGGGGGCUUUUGAUGGUAGUUUUCUGGACAUUUUACAAGAGGAGGCUGUUCAUGCUCUCAAGCUCAUCGGAUCCCCUCAGUUUGGGGAGAGUCAGAAAAUUGGACGUUCCCCUAAUAACUCUCUCACCGAGUUUGGAAUUUUCCAGAUCUCGCCGGACAAGGGAGGUAAAAACCUCAGUGACUAUCCCCUGAAUGGUCUGUCACGGAUAUUUGCUGACUUUGAUACCAAUUUUAUGACGGAAAAUGAUGGUCUUCCAAUAGACAUGUCCAACUUUAACUGGAGCGGGCUCCAACAGGCUACAGUGUCGCCCAAAGAUGAGGACAAAAAGUCCUAACACCCUUAUUUUUUAUAACCUUAAACAAGGCUAGACCCAUCCUUGAUUAUCAAAGGUGUUCUUCUCCAAUCUAUUACGAUAAACGCCAUUGACUUCUUUAUCACCAUACUUUCAUGUAUAUUUUUCAAUCUCUUGUCUGUACUCUUGUCUGGAAUUUCACUCAUUCAUGAGCUUGACAUUAGAAACGAAUGUCCCUCAAAUUUAGGAUUUCUUAGGUUAACGCUUUUUCAAUCUUGAAUGAAACUUAUUUUACUGGAUGGCAGAUUUCAGAAUUGUCUUUUCAAUCAGAUUCAAAAUGAAGCAAUGGUGACAAAUGGGUCGAAGGUGUUUAUCAUUAUGAAAUGGAGAUUAAUACCUUUAGGUCCAAUAUUCAUGUUUGAUAAUGUGCUAAGUCUGCAUUUCAAUAUCAGUAGUGCUUUUAAAAGUUAGAUAUAAAUUUGAAGUGGGUACUACAGUUUGGCUUGUGUUCCACAAGAUACAUUCAAAUCAAACAUUCUCAUUUCAAAUUAAUGCCAUGGUUCCAUACAACCAAGGACCAAAGACUGUUUAGCAUGUAACCUUAACGCAGAUUUAUUAAUGAUGAUAUUCUCACGAUAGUCUACAUGGUAGAACCUCGGUUACUUAGGGAAGCUGCCACCUGCUUUCGAAACCACCUGAAGUAAUUGUUUGUAAUAAUCCCAUAAUGUAUCUGUUCUACAUUGAAUGAAACAUCAAAUGACAGCGUUAGGAAAUAACACUAGCCUAUGAGGUACCUGCUUUCGAAACCACCUGAAGUAAUAGUUUGUAAUAAUCCCAUAAUGUAUCUGUUCUACAUUGAAUGAAACAUCAAAUGACAGCGUUAGAACGUAACACUAGCCUAUGAGGUCAAUGCUGGUAAAAUUUUCAGAAGGCCUGUGUAAAGAGAAAGCGAAAGUCCUAGGCUCUGCUCUACAAAGCACUAAGACUAUCACAGAUCUGUUACUUGGGUCAUUUGGCAGUCGUGGCAAGUCUGAGUCAGGGUAUUCACAACCUAUGAUGUGUGUCUGUAUACUCUUAUUUUACAAUGUAUUCUCAUCUCGCUUUUAGUGAUGACAUGAAUUUCACAAAGAUAAUGGAUUAGUUUGGCACAAGUCGCCUAAUAAGGCAUCUAGACCUAGUCUAAACUGGGUUCCAGACUGCGGGGCAUAAACCCACCUGUAAGCUAAAGGAUUUAUGAUUGUCUAAGGGUUAAGGUCUCUAGGAAAAGCCCUGAUGACUUGUCUUAACUUGAUCUUAUCUAAAACAGUCUGUGACUUGAUCCACGAGUCUGAAAACCCAAGUUGAGUAAACUUCUGUCUUGUCUAGUAAGCUUAUGUAGUAAUAGACUAAUGAUAACAUCAAAAUCUCCAGAAAAUGAUGCCUAUAGCCAAGUUUGGGCUAAUAGAUUUUUGGAUUUGGCAGAGACUGCUAAAACUAAUUUCACUUUCUGACUGAGAGAGACUCCUUCAAGGCUGAGACCCUUCAGUUUUUCUGUCAGUCUGUUUUAUGUUUGACAGCUUCCUGUAGAGGACUAUUUGUCACAACCACUGACAUGAUUAAAACAAUACUUCCCCACCCUCCAAUGAAGAAAGAUGGUCUUAGGACUAGCACACAUGGUACAGGUUCACCAGUGUUUGUAAAUAUGGAUAUCACCUGACUACAAAGCCCAUGUGUUAUUUCUAAGUCCACAUCAGACAAUAUUACACCGGAUGUGCAAUAAGAGAAAUAUACAUGAUAUAGAGUUAUUACAUAUUACCUUAGUUUGUUUUCUUCAGUAUUGUACAAAUUAGUAUUUUUUAUGCCACUGAAAUUGUUUUGUUAAUUCUUUUUAGUUACCUAUUAUGUUCUGUGAUUUAGAAUCUCAGUAUAAGUGUUUUGUUAUCUUUAUUAAGCUACACAGAGUGUAGACCUUUCUUAGAUCUACUGCAUUUUGUCAAACUGGCAUAAAUGCCAUAUAUUUCUCUAAUGUUGAUAGGGACACAUCAGGUCUCAAUUUAAUUUUAAGACCAUUCACCCUAGAUAUCCUUAAAAUCAGAUCUUUUACACCCGAUAUGAUACCUGUCAUCUUCCCGAGGCAAAAGAGAGUUAACUGACUAUAAAAGUCCAGUUUCCACCCUUGCCGAACUAGGCUGGUAUUAUGGAG